UCUCGUCGAAGCAACUGCACAUUUCUUUUUUUUUUGGUUUGUUUCUAAUAUUACAACUUACAUUUUUGCACAGUAGUAUACAAAAACCAAAACAAAAUUUGAAAUUAUGUGCAAAUUUUUAUUGUUAAUUUGCGUCUCUAUUGGCCUAAGUGACACAGUGUUAGUCGAACCGGCUAAAAUACCAGAAAGUCAUAAUGUAAUUUGGGGUGCCCGUGGCUCACGUGACGUACUCGUGAAGCGUGAAAUAGUCAAGGAGACAUUCAAGCCUUUGCGCAUUGUCUCAAGCGAUUAUGAGUUCACUCAGAAGUCUGAUCGCAUACCCUAUCCGCGCACCAUCACCCAGAUUGUUGUCACCGAUCAGUAUACCGAUGGCGACGGCGGAUAUGCAACACUCAAAAGCGGCGGACCGGGCAUGGAUUUUGCUGUUGUACACUUAAAAAGUCAGCGUGGUCAUGGUUAUCAUUUUACGAUUGACAUUUAUGGGCAAUGAAAAUAAAUUAUGUCGAUGUAUUGGGAGAACUACUAAAAUCUGUAUUUAGUUUUGUAGGCUGGCAAAAAUUUCGAUGGAAACAAAUUUAAUACGACUUGUUCGUACAGUUUAAGUCCGCAUGCUACACAAUUUCUUAAUGAUUACUUAGAUAUUCAUAAAGUUAUAAAAUUCGCAAAGGCUGACACUAAUUUUAGUCGUUU